AUGGGACCCAUAUGCCCCAUACGUGAGCUUAUUACACCAAGGGAAAUCAUGGCAGCGGGUUUUUCACUAUAUGACACGGUAGCGGACCUGAUUGAUGGGGGUGCUUGGAAAUGGCCUACAGCCUGGCUGGAUCUCUUCCCGGUUCUCAUAAAGGUUAGGGUACCAACUUUUAAUAUGGGACAAAAAGACGUACUUAAAUGGCAAGACAAAGGCGGAAAGGAGCUGAUAGUUAAACCCUCAAUUGUAUGGGAGUCUAUUCGCACUCAUGGCAACACAGUCACAUGGGUUAACUUGGUAUGGUUUUCAAAAUGUAUCCCCAGACACUCCUUCCUACUUUGGCUGGUUAUGAAACGCAAACUCAAAACUCAUGAUAGGAUAAAACCAUGGGACGUGGAUGGGGCUUAUAAUCUUAACCUUGUUUGUUGCUCACUUUGUAAAACAGGUCCAGACUCACAUAUUCAUCUCUUUUUCGAAUGCCCCUACUCAGCACAAGUGUGGGACAAGCUAAAGCAUAUGGCGGGAAUGUCGCACCUAUCAAAUAAAUUGGAUGACAUUGUUUCAUUCUUGAUUCCGAAAGCUAAUGGUGCUUCAACAACGAGUAUUAUUGGUAGACUUGUACUUGCAGCUGCGGUUUAUUACAUAUGGCAAGAACGGAAUAAACGCAUGUUUGGUAACCACACACGACCUCCUGACACACUCAAAGAUAUAAUUGUGGAGAAUGUUAGAUUAAGAUUGGCUUCUGUAAAGUUCAAGGAAAGCUCAAAGACCAAGCGUAUGUUAGAAGUUUGGAGAUUGCCAAGGAGUCUCCUAGUUGAACCUGAUGAGCAGGGACGAGACACGUGA